GUUAGAGACAAGCCGGAGGGAGUCCCGUGAGGAAUUACACACAGAGAGAAAGAGAAGCGACUGCUCACAGAGAGAAAAUAAACACAAACCGAAGUUAAACAGAGGCCGACACAAUGUGUGGUCCAAAAGGCUCCCAACAUCAGAGAGUACGGGAACCCCCUGAAGGCGGCUGGGGAUGGGUUAUCGUCUUCGAUCUCUUUGCGAUCAAUGUACUGGCCAUGGGAAUACUGAAAUCAUUUGGGAUCUUAUCUGCGGCACUUCAGGAAACUUUCCAGGCCUCUAUGGAACAGAUCAGCUGGAUUGGAUCAAUAAUGUCAUGUGUACGUUUAACUGCAGGUCCAAUUGCUUGUAUAUUCUGUGCAAAGAUAGGCGAGAAACAAACUGGAAUUCUGGGGGCAGCCAUGGUAUCUACUGGAUUGUUCUUAAGUUCAUUCGUUGACAGAAUUGCCUUCCUCUAUGUCACACUUGGUUUAUUGGCAGGGUGUGGGUUUGCCUUCCUGUCCCAGGCUGCAGCUCUGAACACAACCAAAUACUUCCGCAGAAAGCUCACCACAGCGUGUGCCAUUUCCCGUUCUGGCACAGGACUCACUUUCGCUGUGGCUCCAUUCCUGCAGUAUCUUCUCAACGAAUAUGGCUGGCGAGGUGCGAUAUUGAUUCUGUGCGGACUAACACUGCACCUGAUUCCACUGGGGAUGCUGAAUCGUCCAAUUUAUUUGAAGCAAGACCAGCCGGAGGACUGCGAUCAGAGGGAAUGUUACCAGCGGCAGCUCCCCGAGGACAAAAAGGACAUGAUCGCUGCUGAAGUAUCAAGGGCACAGCCUCCCAUCCAUCGCUGUGCCAAACCAGUCAGGGGAUCUCUCUCAAGUCAGAACAGACAAGAAGAUUUUAAUUCUUUACAAAGUGAUCCAAAACAAGCCACGGAGCCCAGUGCUGCUGAUGGAUUGUCAAUUUUACAGCCUAAGGAACUCUCCUCUUCCCACGAUCCUUUUUCGUUAAAACAGUUGCAUUCAUCUGCUCUACCUGGCUGCAAAGUCCAAAAUGGUGACUCAAACCAGUUGCUAGCCACAGUUACCAUGCCAACAGACACAAGACACAAGGGAUUGUGCAGGGAAUUUGGUGUACAAUUGAAGUCUGUUUCUGAUAGUGUGAGAAACCUCAUUGACUUUACUCUGUUGACAAACCCGGUCUUUAUUAUUUAUACAAUUUGCACCUUUUUCAGCCAGUUGGCCUAUUACAUACCAUAUUUUCAUGUGGUCGCCAAGGCCAAGGCAUUGGGCCUAGAGCCAUUCCAAGCCACCUUACUCAUUUCGGUUGCUGGCAUCGUUGAGAUUGUGGCUCAGCUUAUCUCUGGCUACGUCGCUGACCGUAACUUGAUAGCAAAGUAUCAUUACCACAAAAUCUACUUGCUGUUUUGUGGAGCUGUCAAUCUGCUGGCACCCCUGGCAAAAACGUUCCCAUCGCUAAUGGUGUACAUAGUGUUCUUCGCUGUAUUCUGUGGGGGUUAUCUGACUUUGUUGCUUCCAGUCCUGGUUGACUUUAUUGGAGUCCAUAGACUACACAAAGGAAUGGGCCUGUACCAGUUCUUUGUGGGGAUUGGAUGUUUGAUAGGACCACCAGCAGCAGGUGCUCUUCAUGACUACACCAAAAAUUACGAUGCUUCAUUCCAGCUGGCAGGAUCCUGUUACUUUGUUUCAUUCUUGGUUUUAUUCUUUGUUCCUUUGGCUGAGAGGAAACUGUCCAAAGAGGGUAAGAAAACAGUAAUAGAAGACUCCAAUAACUUGGUCCUGGAGUGUAAUCGCCCUCCAUCUCUCGCGCAGCCACCAGUGAAGGAGUACCUAGAGUUAGAAAGCAUGGUGUGAAAGUGGCCCUGCUCUGCACUGCUUCAAUGAACAUGGACAUUGGGAGUAACCAAUGGGUUUUGCCAGUACUGGUGCCUUCAGUGUGGUUUUAACAAGGUAAUAAAUGAAUGAAACCAUUCCUGUCCAACAGAGAAGAAAUGCAAAUGGAUGUCAUAUGUCACACUGAGAAGAAACAGGAAGUUUGACGGAUCUUUCUGGUUUCACUUUUAAUACAAAUCCCAAGACAAUCAGCAUUGGAAAGAAGGAGCGCUGCACUUUACUUGAAAAUUCAUAUUGAAUCCUGAAGAAUAUAAGCAUUUCGACACAGCAAUAUUUAUAUUUUCAUUUUACAGGCUUUGAAUGAGUGUAUUUAAUGAUGGACAAAUGAGGCAUUAAUGUGAGUAAAACAGUCAGUGUAAAUGGAUGUUUUAAAGGAUUGGAAGCGACUGGAACCCCUUAGUGUUUAAAAUGAAAUCCAAUGUUACAGUUAGUCAAAUUAUAGAAUUAUUCCUUUAUGAACACUGUGGAAGUCCUGAGAACAUAUCACCUCACUUCCUUGCUCAUGAAGUAGCAAAGGUGAUAUAAAUUGGGAGGAAAAGUAUAUUGAAUGAAGAACAAAGAAGACCAAAAUGUAACAGCGGACGAGUGUAUCACUGUGGUGGAAUGUGGAUCAGUGAUUCCAAGUUCAAAUCUAGCUCUCUAAGGGAUGUAAUGCUGACUGUAGACAUAAUAGACUGCAGUGUUGUUCAUUAAUUAAUAUAGCAUCUGUUCCUUUCCAUCCUUUCCUCUAUAUAGUGCCUUGGGAAUUUUUUUUAUAUUAAAGCUGCUGAGUAAAGGCAAUUUGUUAUUGAUUGGCCUUUCAGUCUCGCAUCUCAGUGUUUUAUGAUUGAAAGUAGAGUUGUUCUCUCCCAGUUUAUUCAGUUUGAUUCAGUACCUUUCUUCACCCACUAAAAGUUAAUUCCCUGCUCUUGUCUCCCUCACUUUCUGUCUGUGUUGGAUAUUAUUUUAUUUCAUAAUUCCUAUAAAUCCUGUCCAGA